AUGACGGUGACACCUAGCCCACGACGGAGUUCACGGUUAUCCAAGACGUCGACGUCUCCACUGCACGGUCCGUCUUCACCACGCUCGCGGUCACGCCGCAGUAGUCCCCCCGGAAACAAGCUCCGCCCAGUCUCCCCUGAAGAGCUGGCGGAGUGGCAGGAGGGCGAUCAGGACAGCGAUGCGACGCUAUCAGAGCCGCAACCAUCUGAACUCGACGAACCCUGGCCGUUCACGUUUAGGCCCGGAGAAAGCGUGUGGAUACGCACUGCUGGCGGUAACUGGUACCCCGGGAAGGUGUCCGGCCAAACGACACGAAAAGGCCAAACGCGAGAGAGAGAAGGACUGUAUUACCCCGUCGUAUUCUGCGACAAGCUGCGCAAAUACUUCGCUCCGCUGAAUGGCGAGAUCAAGCCCGACACCCUGCACGUUCGAGGACUCCUCAAGCAGGCUGGCUGGCUAUGA